GAUAAAAAAUCGCAGUCUACUAAAACUGGUAAAGGUUUUGGUAUUUCAUAUACUGGAGAAUCCGAUCACAUAUAUCAUAAAAUCGUGACCAUGAACGGAGCGCGGUACUAACUUGCUUUGGAUGUCAUUAAUUGCCUUAUUUACAACAGGUACUUGCAGCAGUUGAAAAAUAGACACGUUUCUGUAGUUUGUUUAUAAUAUUUUUGUUUGUGCACUAUGAACUAAAACGACGGAUCAUUUCUUGCUCUGCCCCAAAACGACUAUGAAAAUGCAUCAGGAAACAGAAGCAGCUCAAGAUGUAGAAAUAAAAGUUUUUUCGUACCGAUGGGUCCAAUUAAUUAUAUUUUGUUUAUUAGGUGUGAUAAAUACAAUGCAAUUUUUGCAGUUUACUAUAGUAGCAAAUGUGAUAGCUGAGUAUUAUAAUGUAGAUAGUUCCUUAGUAGAUUUGACUGGAUUAAUAUUUUUUAUAAUAAAUAUAAUAUUCUUUUUACCAAUUAGUUAUCUUAUUGAAAGAUACAGUUUAAGAGUGACAGCUAUAGUGAGUUCAGUAUUGACAGUAGCAGGUUCGGCAGUGAAGAUACUUGGUAAUGAUCCUUCCCGAUUCUAUGCCUUAAUAAUCGGCCAAGGACUUUGUGCUUUUGGUCAAGUAUACAUAUUUAACAUUCCUACAAAGUUUGCAUCGGCUUGGUUUGGACCAGACGAAGUAUCCACUGCUUGUGCGUUGGCAGUAUUAGGAACACAGUUAGGAGCUGCUGUUGGAGCUAUUAUUCCGCCGUUUAUGGUGGUGAAAGGAGAAACCAAAGAUGAAAUUGGAGAUGGAAUUUUUAACAUGACUUUGUAUAAUACUAUCGGUGCUGCUGUAAUUUUAAUACUAAUAAUUUUGUUUUUUAGAGCCAGACCAAAACUACCACCCAGUCAAUCUCAGUUACAACUUUUAACUUUAGACGAAGAAAAGACGAAUUUCUGGAAGGACUGUAAACUUUUAAUGAAAGACAAGAACUAUAUAUUACUUUUAAUGUCAUUUGGAAUUAUAAAUGGUCUAUGGAAUGCUUUUGGUAUUGUUAUUAAUACAUUUUAUAUAAAAUACUUUCCCAAUGGUGAAACUGACAUAGGUAUAAUCUCCCUAAUAGCAAUCAUUUCUGGUGGUUGUGUGGGAAGUGUGAUAUUUGGUUAUAUCUUAGAUAAGACGCAUGCCUUUAAGACAACAAGUUUUGUCGUUGCUGUAUGCGUAUCAGUAACGUAUAUUACCAAUGUGCUCUCUAUGGUAUUGCAAAUUAGAGUCGCCACCUUCUUUGCUAUACCAAUUUUUGGGUUCUUCACAGCCAGUACCUUAUUAAUGGCCUUCGAAUUCGCCAUUGAAUUGACGUACCCAAUUCCAGAAUCAGUGAGUUGUUCGGUGGUGAACGCCUUCAUUUUCCUCUUCGCCAUCAUCGGCACUUUUGUGAUAGAAACCCUUCUAGACGCUAUUGGACACGUCGGCACCCACGUAACCAUCUUCGUCAUAUUUGUUAUUUGCACAAUUAUGAUGCUGUUCAUAAAGGGACGUCUGAAAAGAAGAGAGGCCAAUUUAAGUCAAGGACAAACGGAAAAUGGUAUAACAAACUAAAGAAAAAUGAAAAUAAAAAAAAUACGUGAAAAAGUUUUUUAGAUAUUAUGUAUUAUAUACAGAACAAGAAGUAACAAAUAUUUUUUUGAGUACAUUUUUUAUAACCUCUGAGCACUUGCUUCCUGUUGAAUAGUGUUGAAGGCUAAUUAAAUAAAAAUCGCUUAGAAAUAAGUCGGUGGGAUCAGGAGGAUAACUAGCACAAACAGUUUUUGUUUGUAUGUCUUUUAUAACACUUUUUUAACUUAAAUUAUGAAAUCUCAUAAAAAGCUAUUGACAUAAAAACGUUGUUUUUGCAGAUACUAUAUUUUGUUAAAAUUUUUAAUAAAACCUUUACAAAUGUGA